AUGGAGUCGAAUCCUGCUCUGAAUCAGGGUUCUAGAGAACAAGAACAAAGCAGCGACAGGCACGAGAGACAGUCUUCACAAAGGUCAAAUUCUCAAGUCCUUCAUGAAGAGAAUAAUCGUGAAGAUGCUCAGAUUACCUACUCUGUCGAAGAAUUAGAGACAACCAUCGAGAAAGGCGUCAAGGCAAUCGAGCUCCUCCGCGAAGUCUUUCAAAAGUACGGCACCUGUGACCAACACUGGGAGGGCGAAAUCGCCAAGGUCCUCAACACCACAGACAAGACCAAAUUUGUCAUUGGCAUCAUUGGAACCACCGGAGCCGGGAAAUCGUCCUUGAUAAAUGCGCUGGUGGAUGAGGAGAGACUCGUCCCGACGAACUGUCUGCGCGCUUGUACUGCCGUCGCCACGGAGGUUUCGUAUAAUGACGGCGUGAGCAGAUACAAGGCGCGCAUUGAGUUUAUUCAGCGCGAUGCUUGGGAAAAGGAGCUGAGGAUUUUGUUCCAGGACCUCAGCGACAGCAGCGGAGAUGUUGUCCAUGAUAGUAGUCUCCCGAGAGACUCGGAGGUUGCUAUGGCGCUUGACAAGAUCAAGGCGGUUUAUCCUUCGCUCAGCAGGGAAGAGAUCCUUGCGUCGUCUGUUGAGAAGUUGUUGAAUGACUCGAAGCUGACAGAAACGUUCGGAACCACACUCAUAUUUGAGGAGGAAAAUCCAAAGAAGUUCUACGAGCGACUCAAAAGCUACGUUGAUAGCAAGGAGAAAAGAAGAGGGAAGAAAAAGGAAGCCCAGAAAGAUGAACCGGAAUGGUGGCCCCUGAUUCGGGUCGUGAAGAUAUACGUGAAGGCGGAUGCAUUGUCCACAGGAGCGGUCAUCGUCGACCUGCCAGGAGUCCAGGACUCCAAUACUGCUCGUGUGGCCGUUGCGGAAGAAUACAUGAAGAAGUGCUCAGCGCAUUGGGUUGUCGCCCCGAUAACCCGGGCUGUAGAUGAUGCCAUUGCGAAGAAGCUGCUUGGAGACAAUAUGAAGAGGCAGCUGGCGAUGGAUUCUGCCUUUGAGUCCAUCACAUUCAUCUGUACCAAGACAGACGACGUCAGCACUACCGAAGCUCAUGAGUCUCUCGAUCUCCAGCUCACCGGCCUCAUAGAAGAAUCUGAAACCAAGAAAAUAGAACGCGACUUACUAGAAAGUGAGAUUGAAGAACUUCAGACCAUUGCCGACUCUGUCACGACAGAGUUGGCGCAGACCUUCGAGAAGCUAGUAGCAUGGCAGGAACUUCUUGCGACAUCUCGUGAUGGAGAGGAGGUAUACCCUCCUAUGGAGUUCUCAAGUCCGCUCAAACGAAAGAGAGGCCGCGGCGAUACGCCGGAGAGAAAGAGACCAGAAGUUGAUGACUCCGACGACGAGCUGGCCAUGUCAGACGAUGGGGGAGAUACUGGAGAAGAAACCGAACUCAAUCAAGUCACCGAAGCCCCAGAGAGACUACGCCCUCUAACAGAAUCCGACGUCAGUUCCAAACUUGAAGAGCUGAAAAGCAGAAGGGAUGAGCUGGUCUCUAAGAGGGAUGAUCUGGCGCAGCAGAUCAAAGAAAAAGAGAGAGCCCUGAAUGAUGUCUUCAUGUCUGAAGAGGCCAUACAAGGUCUCAUAAAUAUUGAGUGUAUCCGAGCCAGGAAUGAAUAUUCUAAGGGUGCUAUCCGUAGGGACUUCGCAACCGGGCUGAAGGAACUGGAUGACGAACAGUUGGAAGCAAUUGACCCGGACAACUUUGACCCUGAAAUCCAGAUCCGUGACUACGAGAAGCUGGGCAGAAACCUUCCAGUGUUCUGCGUCUCCUCUCGUGGCUAUCAGAAGGUCUCUGGAAGGUUGCGGAGGGAUUCCUUGAUUCCGGGCUUCAACAACCCGGCCGACACGGAGAUCCCACAACUGCAGAAACACUGUCGUCUUCUGGCAGACACGGCGAGGAAGUCAUCCUGCCUUAACGUACUUCGAGGCAUUUCACAGUUGUUCCAGUCAUUGAAUCUCUGGGCGCUCCAAAGGGAGUCGUCGGAGGUCUCGGAGAAGAAGAGGAUCGAGCUUCAGAGCGAACUCGAAAAUCACUUCGUCGCCUUGAAGAAAGCUCUGGUGGCGUUGAUAGAAUCAUUAUUCGAUGAGCAGCUCGACACUUUUGAAGGACAUGUUUUCCAGCGUCUGAGACAUGCAGCUCUUCGUGGUCGUUCGAAAGCGAUGGCUGUCGUGCAUCGUUGGAAUGAACCCCAUACAGGCCGGGGCGGUCAGAUGAUCCCGGGAUACAGGUGGAACACCUACAGGGCUAUAUGUAGACGAUCAGGUGUCCUUCAGGGCGUAUAUCGAAAGCUUGACUGGAACCAAGAACUAUGCGACCCCAUGCUGAGAGAUCUGCUUCCUUCCUGGCAGAGGGCUUUCCAGUCUAAUCUUCCAGACCAGCUGGGUCGGGCUGUGUCAGGCUCUGAGAAUCUCCUCCAGGGCUUUCAUAAUUCCCUGAUGCACGGAAACGAGGUCGUUACUGGUCAUUACCGGACGAUCUUGACGACGCAAAAUGACAAUUAUCGCAGAUCUCUGGGCGUCUUGUUUCUUUCAGCGGCUCAGUCGUUCAAGGACCUGCAGAGACGAGUCAGUCGAGAGUUCACUCCAGCUAUCGCAGAAGCGAUGGAGUCGGCGUACGAGCAGUGUACUGAACAGAGAGGCGCGGGGAGUCUCCAAAGAAUGAGAAGGAUCAUGGAAGUGAAGACCGAGAAUGCACGGAACUAUAUGUUCGACGACAGCGCCGAAAAGGCCGCCGAGUCCCUUCUCGGGGAGAUAAAAUCCAUUCAAGAUAAUAUCACGAAUGGAAUCAGGACUCACCUCGAAAACAUCUGGCGUGAUUACUAUGCGGCUAUAGUGGCUCCACAGCUCGCAGCCUUCAACGAAACCCAGAUCGAGAUUAAAUCCGAGAUAGCCAGUAUCGUAAAACUGGCGCAAGAUGAACUUGAUCUGAACAGCAAGCUUUUACAGCGUCCCGCUUCACGUGGCCACUCAGGAGACGUCGCUGAUCAAAGGAAUAUCGAUUCGACGUCAGCCAUGGAUGUGCUGAGCGGUUGCGUGGAGGCCGAAGAGCAUGUCUCGGUCAAGGUGGAAGACGCAGCCUAAAUCGGAAGCAGUGGUCUGAAUUCAACCUGAAUUCUCGAGGCAUCUGGUCUUCUAUUUCAGGUGGUACGCUGGCGACCAGAAAAAGAAUAAAAACAGAAAAAAAAAAGAAAAAAGAAAAAAAAAGUUGGAGCUCCACGGGACCUCCGCCUUUGUGCCAUACGGCAAACAUGUGAGUUCAGAUUACUUCUUGAGUCACCUCUCCUGGCCUGCAGACUGUUAUGUAUUGUGCUACGAUAGCCUGUAUUAUGUCGAUCGAAUGACAUCAAGGUCCGGUUCAUUGGGUUCUUUGGUACGGUGUUGAAAGCUCGUCUAGGUAGUAGAUCUCGAUAGUCACUCAAUGAUAAGUGAUGCCACU